AUCUAAUCGGUGCCGGCCAUGGCAGCCUCGGAGUUGAGACUUGGAGAGUCUCUGCAAGUGCCCAGCGUUCAAGAGCUGGCCAAGCAGCCAUUGAACACAGUACCAUCUCGCUAUGUUCGCUCUGAUCAGGACCCUGUUCAUAUACCAUUCACUGAUCCCACCUCUUUACCGGACCUUCCAGUCAUUGACAUGGAGAGGCUGCUUUCUGGAUCGCCAGAUUCCAUGGAUGCAGAGCUAGAGAAGCUCCAUAAUACAUGCAAAGAAUGGGGAUUCUUUCAGUUGAUAAAUCAUGGAGUGAGCCAUGGAUUGGUGGAGAACGUGAAGAAAGAGAUUGAGGAGUGGUUUAAACUGCCGAUAGAAGAGAAGAAGAAGUUUUGGAUGCAGCCAGGAGAAAUAGAGGGAUUCGGACAAGCCUUUGUGAUGUCCGAGGAGCAGAAGCUGGAGUGGGCCGACCACUUCCUCGUCCUCAUGCGGCCAAUUCAUAAGAGAAAGCCUCAUCUAUUUCCCAAGCUGCCUCUUCCACUCAGGGAUGCCAUGGAAGCCUACUCGACAGAAACCAAAGGCCUAGGCAUGAAGAUAGUUGACCUCAUGGCGAAAGCACUAAAAAUUGAACAUGAAUAUAUGAGGGGGUUAUUUGAGGAUGGAUUGCAAACAAUGAGAAUGAUGUACUAUCCUCCAUGCCCACAGCCAGAGCUGGUUAUUGGCCUAAGCGCUCACUCUGAUGCUGGUGGCCUUACUAUCCUCCUCCAGGUCAAUGACAUUGAAGGCCUGCAGAUUAAGAAAGAUGGGAAAUGGGUUACCGUCAGGCCACUCCCCAAUGCUUUCAUCGUCAAUAUUGGAAACAUCCUAGAGAUUGUGACGAACGGGAUUUACCGAAGCAUUGAACAUCGAGUGCUUGUUAACUCUGAAAGGGAGAGGAUUUCAGUAGCCACGUUUUUAAGCGCGAACCUCGAUGGAGACUUUGGUCCUGCGCCCAGUCUUAUUAGUGCUGAAACUCCAGCACAGUUCAAAAGAGUGGAAACUAUCGACUACAUCAAGGGCUUUUUUUCACGUGAACUUCAAGGAAAAUCGUAUAUUGAUACCAUAAGGAUUGAUCAAGGCCAAAGCGAUUAACACAAUCG